CGACUCUACGCCAUCCUGUUCUGCAUGUAUCAUAAAACAAAGCUCUAUUUUUCUCCAUUAGUCCACUGCAGUCACUGUUAUGAACAACUCGUUAAAGUACUCGUGAAUAAACUUAUGUUAAUUGUGAAUGUGUCAGUAUGGGAUCAUAUAAAUUAUUAUUAUGUUUCGCAACCAUAACAUUGUUUGGUACGUCAUCCGCGGCCUACUGCGAGAUAACAGACAAAAUCAGUAACUGUGUGUUCACUGUAAUCUGCAGAAACAAAACCUCGGCAAUUAGCUAUCCGAGCUGCAGCAACAGUAACGUCACGUUUGUCGUCACGGGCAGCAAUCUUUUAAACAUUAGCAACACAUUUUUCGGCGGCACCAACUUUGACUCAAAAGUACGGACAAUAGUAGCUAAAAAUAACACUUGGACCAAUUUAGGGUUAAAAACAUUUGCAUAUUACAAAGAAACUACUUCAAUAGAUAUUUCACGUAACAAUGUGAAUCGUGUAAAAUCCUUGCCGUUCAAGGGUUUGGAGAAACUGGUCACGCUUAAUUUGUCUCACAAUAUUAUUGAGUAUUUGGAACCAGAUGCGUUUUACGUGACUGAAGUGAGGCCACUUAAUGUCAAGCUCCUAGAUUUAUCGUACAAUAGAUUGACGGUGUUAUCCACACAGUUAUCCCAGCUAGCAAACCUGACGACGUUGUACCUACAAGAGAAUAUGUUGCAUAAUUUGGAAAGUCAAUGCUUUCGAGGCCUAAAGUCAUUACAUCUUCUAAACUUAGAUCAAAACUCAUUGACUUCGCUCAACACAAGUGUAGCAAAUUUGAAAACCUUGACUGAAUUUAAUGUAUGUUACAACGAUCUCACAGAUUUAUUCAACGCCGAUACAAUUGGUUUGACCAGCUUGAAGUAUUUUAAUGCAUCGCAUAACAUUAUAAAAUAUAUGGAAUCACGUAUUUUUAAAAAUAUGACUAAUUUAACUGUGCUUGAUUUUAGUCAUAACAACAUCAGUGUGCCAAUUAAAAGCGAAAUGUUCAAGUCCAACACAAAACUUCAACAUGUAGAUUUUUAUGAUAACAAUAUUCAACAAUUAGAUGACAAUGCAUUUGCUAGUAAUUCUAAUGUGACGUAUGUAAAUUUUGAGAACAAUAACAUAGAAGGAGCUCUGACAGCAUCCACGUUUGUUGGUUUGAAAAAUAUUGAUAAAUUUGAUUUGGCCAACCAAAGUAUUGUUAGCAUUAAUGAAAACGCAUUUGAAAAUAUGACUGGACUUCGGUAUUUGAAUUUGACUAGAAAUAAAAUUUGUGAUAUAGCAAAUUCUAGUUUUGUUGACACAUCUAUUACCAAAUUAGAUUUAUCUUACAAUAAAUUAAAUGCACUUAAUUUCUUAAAAGACUUAACUAGUUUAGUAGAACUUUAUUUAAAUAACAAUAACAUCACUGUAGUACAAAGACUCGCAUUUUUUGGACAGAAUAAAUUAAGAGUGUUGGACUUGUCGAUGAACAUGAUUGUUACUUUUGAAGAAUUAUCUCUGCCUUUAGUCGAGUUGCAAUAUUUAAAUAUAACAGGUAACCGCUUGGUAGGAAGCAUUGCGAAAAAUGUCUUCAGUCCGGCUAAAUUCUUAAGGUUUUUAGAUAUAAGCAACUUUAAUAUAACCAAAAUCGAAUCUAUGGCCUUCGUAAACCUACCGAAUUUAGCUCGGCUUAAUUUAUCUCACAAUCAAAUCGAUUUCAUAGAACCGGAUAAUUUUAUUGGAGUUAACAAUAUGUACAGUUUGGACAUUUCGAACAACCGUAUAAAACAAUUAGCGUUAAAUAAUGGUUUAUCAAAUUUAAACGCUGUUUAUUUGAAUAACAAUGAGUUCACGAACGUAUCUAGCAUUUUCCCUGGUCCUAGCAAACUGUUGUAUGUAGAUAUGUCAAAUAAUAAGAUAAAAAGUUUAAUCGGUGUUGGAGCAAAAACGUUCCCAAAUAUAACCGUGUUACGUCUAUCUAAUAAUCAAAUUGGAAACUUCAAUAAUCCUGACACAAAUACAUUGACGUCCUUGGUUGACCUUAAACUCUCUUCUAACAAUCUAACUGACAUCACAUUAAGAUACUACAAAGAGCUCAUGACCUUAGAGUUGAGUGACAAUCAUUUGACGCGUAUUGACAGAAAUUUCUUUGAGAACGUAUACUACAUACAAGCACUCGACCUAAGUCGCAACAAUAUCAGCGAAUUACCUCCAGGAACGUUCCAGAACAUGAGGAACCUGAAACUGCUUAAUUUAUCGUCUAAUUAUCUGACGCAAUUACGUUACGGCAGUCUUAAAGGACUCCACAAAACCGAAUUGCUUGAUUUAUCUAAAAAUAAGUUGCGUUUCCUCGAAAUUGACGUGUUGCACGAAUGUGUGAAGUUAAACACUUUGAUUCUUGAUAAUAAUUUUUUGACCACACUUGACGUUGUAAGUUUGAGUAGUAAGUAUUUGUUUAAUUUAAAGACAUUGAGUAUUGGAGGUAACCCUAUAUCAUGUCGCGAAGUAGUAAUUAAUUCAAGGUAUGGUAGAGGCAACCAGCUUGAGGUUACAGCUGUUGACAAAGUGUAUCAUGAAGAUAACGUUCAUGGAAUAAAAUGUGGUACUAAUACAUCUGUGCCUGAAGCCACUACAGAAGACGCGUCAUUAAUGGAUAACGAAUUAAUUAUUAUAAUAUUUGCUUUGAUUUUUGGGAUAUUGAUAUUGUAUGUAAUGGUAUAUAUAAUAUACUGUAAAUUGUUUAGAAAAAGACGUUUAGUAGUUAUAAACCAACCGAGUGUGCCUAGUUCUUUAGAAAUGGACAGUACUGAUAUGUCAAACCACUUAUUGAUGUGAAUGUUUUUUAGUUUUUUUAGAAAAUAUGUUUUUUUAUUGUAAAGAAAUAAAAUUAAUGAAAUUAGUUAAUGCUUAUAAAUUUGUGAAAAGCUUUAGUAAUUUUACGUGAUUUAGUUACCUAUUGCUAAUUCAGAUUUCGUUAGUUAUGUCCAAUAAUAUUGUUGUGAAACAAUAAUACAAAAGAAAGAAUUGUUCAAACGGCAAAGUGACCCCACUUCUAGUGGUAAGUAAAGUGAGGGCCAAUAGAAUGUCGACUGACGAGACAUGAUAUAUCUCGACAGUCGACAUAGUUAUGCCGGCCUUUUGGAACCGGGUAUAUACGGGCUGAUCCCGGAAUGCGACAAACUUACGUGGCUCGCUAUGGCGGGUUUUAACACUUUGUGUGCGGUGGUCGUUAUGAGGGCGGAUAUAAAAUAUAUCCUACCACCAGCCCCUUACGUAUUGUUGAUUCAAAUAGAUACGUACAAUCAUAUUGUUGUGAAACAAUAAUACAAAACAAACGUUGCUUGUAAGAAGCAAUGUAACUUAGAAAAUAUAUUUUGUCAGUAAUAUAAUGUUCGCCACAAAUACCAAAAAUAUUGUUAAUGAUAAUUUAAUUAUAAGUUAUUAAUAUAUAUUGUGAGCUAAGAACAUGUAAAUAUAGUAGAGUAAAGUAAAUGUAUGAGUAGAUUAAAUGUUGUUUUGGACCCUAA